AUGUCCUUAUGGAGCCGCGACGAGGCACCGAUGUGCAAAGUCUUUCCAUCUAGCUUGGAAGAAUUCAGACUUCGAUGGUUCGAUCGUCUCCCCGCUGGAUCGAUUUACGACUGGAAGCAGCUCUCUGAAGAGUUCUUCGCCAGAUUCGUCUCCAACACUAAGAUCCCAAAAGAGCCAGAUACCUUGUUCGGUCUCCAAAAUGAACAUGAGGAAACACUGCGUAAUUAUGCUAGAAGGUAUUGGGAGGAAUAUAAUGAUCUGGAGGAAAACGUUUGCAGUGAACAAAUGGCUGUAAUGUCUUUUAAACACGGUCUGCGUCCGGAAAGUAAGCUGAGACAAUCACUUACCAAGCACCCAACCACAGCACUGAAAGAUUUACGCGGCAAGACUAAACAGUAUGCUCGCCUCGAAGAUAAUCAGAUCCCCAUCGAGGUAGCAUCAACUGAACAAACAACCCGAAACAAAACAAGAGCAGACCGAGGGGAACACCAAGGACUCACAACGAAUGAAGUAGGCAAGUCUAAAUCUCAUGAAACAGUUGUGACUGUAUUCAAGGAACAAAUCUAUCGUAUUACGGAAAAAAUCAAGAGAGAAUCAUUCUUUACUUAG